AUGUACACUCCCGGUUACGGCUUCUCCAAUGUCCCUCCGAACUUCAACACCGGCGCCCCACCCUCAAACCAGAACCCUCACAUGCAGCCAGGCUCAGUCUCAAAUCAAGCCGGGCAACAAAUGAUGUACAACCCUAAUCAAUUCGCUGGUAUGCCCGGUGGCCAGUCCGGCUUUGUCGGUGGACCCAAUCCCGCCAUGAUGUCGGGCGCUGGUCCUGCAGGCAUGAUGCAGAACGCCGGUAUGCCGCAUAUGGCUGCCAAUGGCCAAAUGGCCUUCCAAAACCCCUACCAGGGCAAUCCGUACGGCGGCAACAUGCCCGCUCCGGGCAGUCAACAUCCCAACUUUGGCGGAAUGCAAGGCUUCCCGAUGAACGCGAGUAUGACGCCUCAGCAACAGCAGCAGAUCAUGAUGCAGCAGCAGCAGCAGCGCAUGCAAGCCCAGCAGGCGCAGCAGCAGCAGCAGCAGCAGCAGCAACAACAACAACAGCAGCACCAGCAACAUCAGCAAGCACAGGGACAACCCAACCAAGGUGGCAUGCCGAUAAGCUCGACUCCUUCAAGGCCGAUGAGCGCGGCACAGGGAGGACACGGUUCCCCGAAUAACGCUAUGCAACAUCAGCAGCAGCAGCAGCAGCAGCAGCAACAACAACAUCAACAUUCUCAGCAGCAAAACCCUCAGCAGCAGCAGCCGCCGCCGCAACAGCAUCAACCGCAGCAUCACCAGCCACAACCGCACCCGCAGCCUCAACAACAGCCGCAACAACCUCAGGCUCAACAACUAUCGCAACAGCAGCAACAGCAACAGCAACAACCCACUCAGCAGCAACAUCAACAGCACCAGCACCAGCAGCACCAGCAACACCAACAAGCGCAGCAGCAGCAUCAGCAGCAACAUCAACAAGCGCAGCAGCAGCAGCAUCAACAGCAACAAGCUCAACAACAUCCGCAACAGCAGUCGCAAUUCCCGGCGCCGCAGCCCCAGUCUCUCAGCCAAACUCCCACGACCGCCGCACAACAGCAUUCAGCGACUGUAACAACUCCUCAGACACCUACGUUUCCCCAACAUCACCAGAGCGCGAGUUUGAAUGGCGGGUCGUCGUUGGCCACUCCUCUCAGCCCCGGCAGCGAGUCGCGGGAGCAGGAGCGGUUCUCCUUGCUGCUGGAAAUAAACCAGGAACUGCUGUUCGAGUCGAUGCAGCUGCAACAUACCCUGAGCGAGCUGAAGAAAGAAGCAACGAUCUCGGGUGAAGCAGAGCAAGCAAGGAAACCUACCCAAGAAGAGUCAGCGGCUCAGCAGGAUUACAACCACUGUAUGCGACGACUUCAAGCGAAUCUCGCCUACUUGGCCGCUCUGGCUGACAGGAAGGGGAACGUCCAAGUACCGCCGUCCCCCGCAUACCUUUCCUCUCCGCCAUUGAACAUGACACUAAAAAUACGGAAUUCGACACCUCCUGGCGACAUUCCCGAGAACAACCCAGACCCGACAACAGACCGCGAGGAGCGAUCCAAAUAUCUUACUGAGUUAUACACGAAGCUUCAAACGCUGUUCCCCAAUGCCGACCCGAAGAAAGAGCCGGCAUUCCAGACCCCGGCUCGACCACAGGGAAUGGGGCCAGGCCAACGGCCGCCGAGCCAUCAUGCUAGCCCCUCUAUGGCCCAGGCCCAAAGACCCAUGCAGAUGCAGAACAUGCCGGGGCAACAUCAACCUCACGGAAUGAUUUCUUCAUAG